AUGAGGUGCUCGAUGGUGUCUCUAGUGUUCCGUGUGGAGACUGACUCUGCCUGGACCGAAAUGAUGGACAUCCAGCUCAGUGUUACCCCUCUGUCACAGCCUCGCUCUAAUCCAUUCAACUCCAUCUUCCGUCAGAAACGACAAGAUUUUUCCGGGCUACCGGCCUGGUGCCAGUGCGAGCCCGUCAAGCCAGUAUGUCCUCCUGGACCUCCUGGACCACCUGGAGAGUCUGGAGAACCUGGGCCACCUGGACCUCCUGGACCUCCUGGUGAAGACAAUACCUCCACCUACGCACCACUCACCUGUCCACCACAAGACACUUCAUGCAUAAAGUGCCCAGCUGGACCUGCUGGACCUCCAGGACCUGACGGACCAGCUGGAAAUCCCGGAUUAGAUGGAAAGCCAGGAGAACCGGGACCAGCCGGGAAAGACGGACCACCAGGCCCAGCUGGUCCACCCGGAGACGCUGGAGCUCCUGGAAAACCAGGAUCCGAUGGAGAACCGGGUCCACCCGGAAAAGAUGGCACUAAAGGAACUGGAAAACCUGGAUCACCGGGGCCAAACGGACCUCCCGGAGCACCCGGAAAAGCUGGUCCCAACGGUCAGCCUGGACCAGAUGGUGCUCCCGGGGCACAAGGGCCUCCUGGAGAGCCCGGAUCACCCGGAAAAGCAGGAGAAGAUGGAAAGCCCGGUGCGCCUGGAGGACCCGGCCUUCCAGGAAACGAUGCGGCCUACUGUCCGUGCCCACCUCGCUCGGCUGUGUUCGUCUCUCGAUUCACCCAUUGA